AUGAAAUUUUCAGCUGUUACUUUGUCUUUGUCCUUAUUUGCUAUGGUCAGUGCUGGUGUUGCUAAACCAAAAUACUACAAGCCAAAACCAAAGCCAAAGUUGGUUGGUUUAGAAACUGUUGAUUAUGAGUUUGCUUUAGGUGUCAAAGAAAAAUGUGAUGGUGAUGUAAUCUAUUUGGCUUUCGAACUUGAAGAUGGUCAAUUAGAACAUAAUGGUGAAGUAGUCGAUUGCAAAUGUGAAAAGGACAAACGCGGUUAUAUUCCACCUACUCCAGUUGAUUACUGUACUAUUGAUAAAACAGAUUGUGUUGAUACUUUUACUUUAUGUGAAACUAUCUUGAAGGAUGAAUGUGAUAGUAUUGGUGAAAUUGUUGCUAACCAUCAAUUCCAAUUUGAUAAUCCAGUUCAACCUGAUGCUUUAUUCACUUGUGGUUGGACCAUUGUUAAAGAAGAUGGUUACUUGUUGUUGGCUCUCAAUGGUUGUACUGAUUUCUGGGAAUGUCCAGUUGAUGAUUGUGGUACUUACAAGUUAUACGACGCUUCAAUUGACUCCAAAUGUAAAGAAGUUGAAAUUGUUGUUAUUUUGAUUGAUGAAGAAUGUCCACCAGAACCAGUUUAUGAACCAGAAUGUCCACCAGAACCAUGUGAAGAAGAAUGUCCUCCAGAACCAGUUUACGUUCCAGAACCAAAGAAAGGUAAAAAAGGUAAGGGAAAGAAAGGUGGUAAAUGGUAA